CCACAGUUCUUUCUUUGGAUGUGGAGAGCAUUUUCUGAGACUUUUGCAGAUGUCUUAGAUCCUUGCAUUGCUGCGAAGGGCAAAGUCAAUCACAGCUAGGCAUAUCACAAUGUGGUUGUUACUGUCAAAUGCUUUUCUUUAUUCUACCACAGAAACUAUGGAAGCAUAAAGUCAUCCUUGACUCUUCCCUCUCCCUCAUUCCUCAUUCAUUUAGUUGCACUGAUUUGCUGAUUCUGUCUUUAUGUCUCUCACAUAAAUACCCUUCUCUCCACUUACUUAGCAAUGAGUUAUAACUAGGAUGGGACAGCUGGGAUUUUGGCCGUAGGAACUGACAUCCAGGAGGGGCAUACAUUUUCCUCUGGUGGUUUAGAGUAGAGGUAUCCAACACACGGCCCUUGGGCACAUGCCAACAGAUUAAACAGAUUAAAAUGUAAUUUAACAAAAUAAAAAUAUAGUAAAACAGAAAUAAUGUUAACAUGUGGCUUUCUAAGUCAAUAUGCAGCUACCACAACAUCAUCUUCCCAGCAGGCACCUAAAGGAAGACUGGAGAAGGUGGGCCCCAAAGGGAGGGUGAAGGAGUAGAGUGGGGUUUAGGGCCAGCUGAGACCACAAGAAGGCUGGACAUUCUCUUCUAGUUUGACUGUCUUCUGUACGUCUUUGCCACUCCUCACCCUCAAAUGUCAUCUCUGCUGCUGCUCCCUGACUGCUUCUCCCAAAUGUUUUUCCUCAAGUCAAAAACCGUCUAGUAAUAUUUUUAACAGUCACUAUCUUAGCACAAAUGUUCAUCACCUCUAGCCUGGACUACAAUUACAGCCUUCUAAUUUAUGUCUGUGUUCCCAGGUUCUCCCAUCUCCCAACUGAUCCUCUACCUAAUUGCUAAGAUAACCUUUUUAAAAUCCGGUGGCUCCCUGUUGCCUAUGGGAUAAAAUACAAAUUCCUUUGCCUGGCAUUCAAGGCCUUCCACAGUCUCUCUCAUCCCUACACUCGACUGAUUUUGUGCUAUUCCUUUGUGGAUGCUGCCUUCUAGCCAAAUUAUAUAUUCCCUGAGCUCCCUUGCUCCAUCUCUGUCCUGUAUUAAAAAGGCACUCCCAUAUACCCCAUGCCUGGUUUGCACUCUGCUUAUUUCUACCUCUCAGAAUCCUUCUUUUCUAAUCUCAUCUUGAGUACUCCUUCCUCUGUGAAGCAUUCCUACAGUUGUUCAUAUUCUUUCCUUUCUUAAUUUUUCCUCAAGCUGCACUUACUUUAAAGUGUUAUUUCCUUCUAGCAGAGUAUAAACACUUAAAGUGAUAAAACUUUUCCAGGUUGCACUCUUGACUCAUGUCCAAAGGACUUUGUCUACCAUGCUAUGGAAGCCCUUCAUUCUGAAAGCUUACUUCACCCCUGGAUUACUUCUGGCAUUGGAAACACUCUCAUUCCCAGGGGCUUCUCCCAGAGCUUUCAUUUUACCAGCCCAAACUCUUGAUUCUCUUCAUGCCUUUGUUUCUACCCUCCUUUCCCCAACUCCCACUUCCUGGCUCCCUUCUGCCAUUAGAAUGUAAGGUUUUUGAGGGCAGGGGCUGUCCUUCUGCUAGUCUUUGUGCCUAAUACACAGCUAGUUCUUAAAAUGUUUUUGACUUGAAUCCCUCUUCUUGAAGGGCUUAAAAAGCCAAACAGCAUUUUAUAUGUGAUCGUGGGGAGUCACUGUUAGUAAGCAUGGGGCGUGUGGGGUCAGACCUGUCCUUUGGAAAGAUCACUUUGGCAGCUGAGUUGGGGAGAGCCUCGAGGCUGGGAGACCAACCAGAAGCCAUGGCCACGGUCCAAGCGAUGCCAGCGGACAUGGAGAAUCCACAGCCAACACCCCGGGAGCCCUAGCGAAAACAGGAGGAUGGGACAUGGACGAUAUCCUACACAGGAGACCUGGGAAACAGUGGGAAAGGAGCUAGCGUCCAAAAGACACGGGAAGAGAAGAAGGUGGACAAGGCGCAGAGAGGUCCGUGGCCUUCAGUAACGCCUGGGCACCUAAGACGUCAGUGAUGUCACACCGGUCCGACGUGAUAUCACACCCUGGCGCUUAACAGCCCAAGCUGGCCGGCUUCCCGGGUGGCGGGUGCCGUGGGGGCAGUGGGCCCAGUCAGGCCCGAUGAUGUCACACUGAGCUUCGGUGACGUCACACAGCGCGGGGAGUUUCCCGAUCGGCCCCCUCCCCUCUUCAGAAGGCGAGUCCCGUCAGAGUGACCACCGCGGGCUCUGCGGUGAGAAGGCGCAGGCAGGCCGGCCCCACGCCCUAGACACCUAACUCGAUCCACGUUGGCUCCCCACGGAGGCCCACACGACCACCAUCGCGGGAUGCUCACAGACACACACGGCCGCAUCAUGGCGGCGUCGGCGCCGGCGCCGGCGCCGACGCUGGCGGGUACUUCCGCCUCUGUAUGGCAUCACAGCUGCAGGUGUUCUCCCCCCCGUCAGUCUCGUCGAGUGCCUUCUGCAGUGCAAAGAAACUGAAAAUAGAGCCUUCUGGCUGGGAUGUUUCAGGACAGAGCAGCAACGAAAAGUAUUAUCCCCACAGCAAGAACCUCUCUGCCGCACAGGGGCAAGCCAGCUCCUCUCACCAGGUGACAAGUUUCAACCUCCCUCCUUACGACCAGAGCCUCCUCCUGCCAGCUCCCACAGUGGAGCACAUCGUGGUCACCGCCGCCGACAGCACGGGUGGUGCUGCCACCACCUCCUUCCAGAGUAGCCAGACCCUCCCUCACAGAGGCAACGUUUCUUUGCUGGAACCCUAUCAAAAAUGUGGAUUGAAAAGAAAAAGUGAGGAGGUGGACAGCAACGGCAGCGUGCAGAUCAUAGAAGAACAUCCCCCUCUCAUGCUGCAGAACAGGACUGUGGUGGGCGCCGCUGCCACGACCACCACCGUGACCACCAAGAACAGCAAUGCCAGCGGAGAAGGGGAUUACCAGCUGGUCCAGCAUGAGAUCCUUUGCUCCAUGACCAACAGCUACGAAGUCCUAGAGUUCUUGGGCCGAGGGACGUUUGGGCAGGUGGCCAAGUGCUGGAAGCGGAGUACCAAGGAAAUUGUUGCGAUCAAGAUCUUGAAAAACCACCCUUCCUAUGCCCGACAGGGCCAGAUCGAAGUGAGCAUCCUCUCCCGCCUGAGCAGUGAGAAUGCUGACGAGUACAAUUUUGUCCGUUCUUAUGAGUGCUUCCAGCACAAGAAUCACACCUGCCUUGUGUUCGAGAUGCUGGAGCAGAACUUAUAUGACUUCCUCAAGCAGAACAAGUUCAGUCCACUGCCACUGAAGUACAUUCGGCCAAUCCUACAGCAGGUGGCCACAGCUCUGAUGAAGCUCAAGAGCCUCGGCUUGAUCCAUGCCGACCUAAAGCCAGAAAACAUCAUGCUGGUGGAUCCUGUGCGCCAGCCGUACCGCGUGAAGGUCAUUGACUUCGGCUCUGCCAGUCACGUAUCCAAAGCUGUGUGCUCCACCUAUUUACAGUCACGGUACUACAGAGCUCCUGAAAUCAUUCUUGGACUGCCAUUUUGUGAAGCUAUUGACAUGUGGUCCUUGGGCUGUGUGAUAGCUGAGCUGUUCCUGGGGUGGCCUCUCUAUCCUGGUGCUUCAGAAUAUGAUCAGAUUCGUUACAUUUCACAAACACAAGGUCUGCCAGCAGAAUAUCUUUUGAGUGCAGGAACAAAAACAAGCAGGUUUUUCAACAGAGAUCCUAAUUUGGGUUACCCGCUGUGGAGAUUAAAGACACCAGAGGAACAUGAAUUAGAAACAGGAAUAAAAUCAAAAGAAGCCCGGAAGUACAUAUUCAACUGUUUAGAUGACAUGGCCCAGGUGAAUAUGUCUACAGACUUAGAGGGAACUGAUAUGUUGGCAGAAAAGGCGGAUCGAAGAGAGUACAUUGAUUUGUUAAAAAAGAUGUUGACAAUUGAUGCAGAUAAGAGAAUUACUCCACUGAAAACCCUCAACCACCCAUUUGUGACAAUGACUCAUCUUCUGGAUUUCCCACACAGCAAUCAUGUUAAGUCAUGCUUUCAGAAUAUGGAGAUCUGCAAAAGGAGAGGUCACAUGUAUGAUACGGUAAAACAGAUCAAGAGCCCGUUCACCACCCAUGUUGCCCCCAACACAAGCACAAAUCUAACUAUGACCUUCAGCAACCAGCUCAAUACCGGGCACAAUCAGGCCAGUGUUUUAGCGUCCAGUUCUACUGCAGCAGCUGCCACUCUCUCUCUGGCUAAUUCAGAUGUCUCCCUGCUAAAUUACCAGUCUGCUCUGUACCCAUCAUCGGCAGCACCUGUUGCAGGAGUUGCCCAGCAAAGUGUUUCCCUGCAGCCUGGAACUACUCAGAUUUGCACUCAGACAGAUCCAUUCCAGCAGACAUUCAUCGUGUGUCCACCUGCUUUUCAAACUGGACUCCAGGCACCUGCGAAGCAUUCUGGAUUCCCUGUGAGGAUGGACAAUGCCGUGCCAAUUGUGCCCCAAGCGCCUGCUGCUCAACCGCUACAGAUCCAGUCAGGAGUUCUCACCCAGGGAAGCUGUACACCACUAAUGGUAGCAACUCUCCAUCCUCAAGUAGCCACCAUCACACCGCAGUAUGCGGUGCCCUUUACUCUGAGCUGCGCAGCCGGCCGGCCGGCGCUGGUUGAACAGACUGCCGCUGUACUGCAGGCCUGGCCUGGAGGGACCCAGCAGAUACUCUUGCCUUCAACUUGGCAGCAGUUGCCUGGGGUAGCUCUGCACAAUUCUGUCCAGCCCACAGCAGUUAUUCCGGAGACCAUGGGGAGUAGCCAGCAGCUGGGAGACUGGAGGAAUGCUCACUCACAUGGCAGCCAGUACAGUACCCUCAUGCAGCAGCCCUCCCUGCUGACGAACCAUGUGACUCUGGCCACAGCUCAGCCUCUCAACGUUGGUGUUGCUCAUGUCGUCAGGCAGCAGCAGUCUGGUUCCCUCCCCUCCAAGAAGAACAAGCAGCCGGCCCCAGCCAAAACUGUCUCCACAUUGGAUGUCUUACCUACCCAAGUCUAUUCACUGAUUGGGAGCAGCCCACUCCGUACCAACUCUUCCUAUAAUCCCCUGGCCCCUGUGCAGGAUCAGCCCCAGCCCAUCAUCAUCCCAGACACCCCCAGCCCUCCUGUGAGCGUCAUCACCAUCCGCAGUGACACCGACGAGGAGGAGGACAGCAAGUAUAAGCCCAGCAGCUCCAGCCUGAAGCCAAGGUCCAAUGUCAUCAGCUAUGUUACUGUCAAUGAUUCUCCCGACUCCGACUCGUCUCUGAGCAGUCCGUAUUCUACAGACACUCUGGCUGCAGUCCGGGGCAAUCCAGGGCCCCUUCCGGAAGGACCUGGCCGGGCUGUGACAGACGGUCCUGGGGCACGAACCAUUAUUGUGCCACCCCUGAAAGCUCAACUUGGUGAUUGUACAGUGGCAGCCCAGGCCUCAGGCCUCCUGACAAAUAAGACCAAGCCAGUUGCCUCAGUGAGCGGUCAGCCAUCCGGCUGCUGCAUCACCCCCACGGGGUACCGGGCACAGCGUGGGGGAGCAAACGUAGCACAGCCGCUCAAUCUUAGCCAGAACCAGCAGUCAUCGGCUCCAUCCCUGCAAGAGAGAAGCAGUAACCCUGCCCCCCGACGGCAGCAAGCGCUUGUGGCCCCGCUCUCCCAGGCCCCCUACACCUUUCAGCAUGGCAGUCCGCUGCACUCCACGGGCCACCCGCACCUGCCGCCCCAGCCUCACCUCUACACGUAUGCUGCACCCAGCUCUGCAGCUGCCCUGGGCUCCACCAGCUCCAUUGCACAUCUCUUCUCCCCCCAGGGAUCCUCGAGGCACACUGCAGCCUAUACCACCCAUCCUAGCACCCUGGUCCACCAGGUCCCCGUCAGUGUUGGGCCGAGCCUUCUCGCCUCGGCCAGUGUGGCUCCUGCCCAGUACCAGCAACAGUUUGCCACCCAGUCUUACAUUGGGUCCUCUCGAGGCUCAACAAUUUAUACUGGAUACCCACUCAGUCCUACGAAGAUCAGCCAGUAUUCUUACUUGUAGUCAGUGGGCAUGGGGACAGGGGCAUGGUUAUCAUCUGUUCCUGAUGUAGCGGUCUUGGAGGUGGGGGAUAUCAAGCCCUUCCCUUAACCUCGCUUUAAAGCCCCCUGCUAGCCCUGUCCAGGGAGCCAGCCAAAGCAGAAGGAAGGUUGUUGGGUUUUUUCCCCUGGGCAUCUGUCUCUGUGUUGAUGGCGUUGUCUCCCAAAGGCUGUGCUAUUUUUUAAAAAAAUUCUUUGUUUUCUGACAGUGUUUCUGCUGAUUGAAGAGUUCAGCUCUCCACCUUCUGCAUAGGGGGCCAACCCCUUCUGUUACCAAGGGAGAGGGACCAUUUGAAGGUUGUCCUCUGGAGAAUAUUUUAACUCUGACGUACAUGCUUUAUCGAAAUGCUUUUAAAGACAGGUCCCUCUUUAUUUAAUACCAUAUUGUUGUAACUGCUGAUCAGAGGAAGAUGCUGAUGUAAGGAGACUAAACUUUGAUCACAAGUGAGAAAAGAGGAAACUCUCAUUUUAAAUUUGUUUUGAACAAAGGCUUGUCUGCCUUGUAGGUUUUAGCAGCAGCUUGCACGUUACUUGUAUGUUUGUAUCAGGCAUUUUCCCCCAAAAUAGAGUACACAUUUUAGCUUUAUGGACAUUUUUAAACUCUUGAUGUUUUAGUUUUGUCUUGGUGACUUGGAUUGUCCUCACUAGGCAGUGGCUGUUUCUGCAGCAUUUGUUCCAUAUCACUUAGUGUUGCUCUUGGGGUUCUCUGAGUUACUCCUGUGCUUGAUGGAAAGCCACGUGAUCAGGCAGCUCACCAUUGGCUGGUAACCAAGUGUGGGGAAAAGCCACACCCAUCGUGAAAGGUUCCAUGUAUUUUUAAAUUAUUUUUUAAAAGUCUGUGAUUCAGCUUAACUUUUAUCAUUGCAAAAGCCAUUAAAUUAAGGUGAUUAUUAUUAUUAUUAUUAUUAUUAUUGUUAUUGUUGUUGUUGUUGUUGUUGUUGUUAAUGUUACUGUCUUUGCUGUUGUGUGGUUUUACCCUUCCUGUCUGAAUUCUCUCCAAGAUCUAAUUGUAUUAUGUGAUACUGGCGGAGGUGGGCCUGGCCUCGCAGACUGUAAGGGAGGGGGAGCAGCGCUUAAGGGGUUUGUUUGAAAUUAUCAUUUGACACCGGUUCUCUCCCAGGACAGAAUUUCUUUACUAAGAAGCACAGGGCUUUUUUUUCCCCACUCUAUUUUUUCCCCCUAACCUUGCCUUUUAUUUUAUGUGAUUUGCUUGAAGAGGAAGUUAAAGGACAUGUUGUGGAUAGCUUUUUAUAUUUCAGAAAGAGUAGCUUCCUUGGUAUGUCAGCAGCAAAUGGAAUGCUCUCUCAUUAAGACUUAUACAAUAAGUGCAUGUUGGAAUUGUGGAAAGAAAAAAAAAAGAAAAAAAAACAGAUUUUAAAAGUUUAUUACUGAAUUUAAAAAUAUUUUAGAAGUUUUGUAAUGGUGGUGUUUUAAUAUUUUGCAUAAUUAAAUAUGUACAUAUCGAUUAGAAAAACUAUAACACAAUUUUCCUGCUAACCCCAAAUGUUCUUUGUAAUCAAAAUGUGUAGUGACUACACUUGAACUCUGUACUUGGUGUGUGUGUCUGACCCUCCAGUGUUCCCCAGGGAUGGAAUUGAUGUCUUCAUUGUAUUUAAACCAAAAUGAACUGAUCUGUGUCAGAAUGUCUGUGAACAAGUUGCAGUUUUAGAGCACAUCACCGUAGCACUGAGUGAGAGAGCAGUGGGGGGAGGCACCCGCAAGGAGCGGAGACCUUUGGAUUGUUUUGCACAGGUGUGUGUGGUGAGGAGCUGUUUGGUGUGUGUCUCUUCCUUCCCUCCCUCCCUCCCACCCCCGCCCCUUUUAUUGUAGUGCCUUAUAUGAUAAUGUAGUGUUUCAGCCCCGUGGACCCUUCACAGUCCACUGAGCUUUAUCUGAGCAGGAUCCGUAGCUAGCGUGUUGUGGAAAUGCAUUGUUCUCAGUUUCCCUGUCAGCAUUAAAAAAGAAUUAAAAGCAACUCCGCUUGAUUUUGAGCCUCAGCUAAUUUCCUUAGAAACAUUGCUUUUCAUGUGGCUCUCAUGCUGUGCAUUUGCUGCCUUGCUCCUGUGAGAGAAUUCAGGAAGCAGGUGAUUAAGAACCAAGCAAUAUUAGAAAUGUAAAAAAAGUUUUUUCUAAAAGCACGUGCAAUCACUUUUAGGAUGAUUUUUUUUCCAGUGUGGCACUGACUCUCCUGCUAAUAGUUCACAUUCCUUGUAAAAUAUUUGCUUGUUUGGGGGGGGGAACCUUAAAAACUGAUGUGUUUAUACCAAAGAGCCUGUUGUGUAGCUCACUGUGUCCCCGUUUCAUGAGGAGGAGCUUUGUGAUACCACUGGUGACAGGGAACUCACAAGAGGUUUCUUAGUAGGAGUAAAAAUAGUAUUAAGAGGAAACUGAAGCCCUGUGGUGAGGGAAUGUGUGAUUUCAGUUAACAACCUGUUUUUUGUUGGGGACCUUCGAGCUGUGGGAUUGUCCUUGUGUCCUGAGCUCCUCGCCCAGGUGAAUCAAGGGUGUUGAGGAGGAAUGGUUGGGUCCUCAGAGUAUUUGGGGAUGGGGGAACUGGUUCUGUGUAGAGAUGGUGUCAGGGAGGUGCCAGGUGGAGACAGGAGAUUUCCCAGGGCCCCGGGCAGCGAGCGCUGAGCCGGGUUGAAUGCUGAGGAGUUGUGGAGGUGUGUGGAGUCUCUUCAUUGUGAGAAGUCAGGGAUUCUGAGAUGGGCCAGGGAGGCACUUGUUGGUGCAGCCUGACAGGAGCCGGAGCCGUUCUGGGUCAUGUGUAUUUUUUAGUCAUUUCAUUAAGGUGUCUUUUUGGCACUGAGUGUGUCACAAUAGCUAAGCAGUCCCUGGUGUUGAAAAGGGGUUUUGGUUUUUGUUUUUUUGGUCAGCAUGUGUGAACUUCAUGUCUAUUUAUUGCCAAGCACAUGCUGAUUUUCUUACCCAAUAUACAAGUUGUUUUCAAUGAAAUUCCUGUUCUUGUAACCUUGUUCUCCAGGGAACAGGAUUCGUGUGUGUGUGUGUGUGUGUGUGUGUGUGUGUGUGUGUGUGUGUGUUUCCAUAAAAACGAGAUGCAGAAAAAUCUACCCUCUCAAAGCCAACAAGUGGAUCUCAUUUAAAAUAUAAGCCUGACUCCACUGAGAAAGAAAUGACCAAGAUUGUGUGCAGUUAUAUUAAUUACGUUUUUCUAGAGUUGUGGCUUUAAGCAUUUUAGCAAUUCUCAGUCUGAGGCUGCAAAUUGACAUUUUAGAUUGACCAAGACUAUGUUGCAUGUGCUUGCUGAGUAGGGUGUUACCUUGAGAAAUGGCGUUAGACUGUCCUUGUAGCUUUGACCAGAUGAGGGAAACCUACUGAGCUUAGUGAGGAGUUGGGCUGGGUCAGAAUGACCUGAAAUCCCAUCAGCUUAAAGAAAUCUUACCAAGCCUCAGGCCCUCCCUCAGAAGGUGCAUUUCUCCCAUCUCUUACUACAAGGCAAGAGGAAGCAGGGAGUCCUGUUGAAACUGCCUUCCUCUGUCUGUGGUGUUAUGUGGAGGCAGAGGCUACUGCAGGCUCUUCAGGAACACUCAUGGGGUAACAGAGUGACCAUCAGUUCUGGGCUGGGAAUCCCGGACAGAGAACUGCAUCUUGGGCCAGUCCUGCCAGUUCUGAAGUGGCAUCUGUCUGUCUGCUCAUCUCUAGUCAGAGAAGUCAGGGCUGUCUUCAGGCGGCUGCUCAGAGUGAUUAAUUUACACCUCUCAUUUCAUCACUGUUAUGCAGAAUCCAUUGGUUAGGAUGGUUUGUUUGGGGACAAGGCAUGAAAUGAAAUUGCCUCUCAGUGACAGGAAUGGCCUGAGCCUGCUUCCUUUUAGAUUUUUUUUUUUAACUGAUGGAUGGUGCAGCAUGUCUACAUGGUUGUUUGUUGCUAAACUUUAUAUAAUGUGUGAUUUCAGAUUCAGCUUGAAAAAUAAUCUCACUACAUGUAGCAGUACAUUAUAUGUACAUUAUAUGUAAUGUUAGUAUUUCUGCUUUGAAUCCUUGAUAUUGCAAUGAAAUUCCUACUUUAUUAAAUGUAUUUGAUAUGCUAGUUAUUGUGUGCGAUUUAAACUUGCUUUCCCCCCUUUUCUGGUUGUGCUCUUCCUUUUACAAACCUCUAGAAACAGGUAGUUUCUGAGAAUUACUGAUCUAUGUUUGUAUUGCAGAUGUACUUAGGGGAUAUGUAAAAUAAUCAUUUUAACAAAAGAAAUAUAGAUAUUUAAAAUUUAAUACUAACUAUGGGAAAAGGGUCCAUUGUGUAAAACAUAGUUUAUCUUUGGAUUCAAUGUUUGUCUUUGGUUUUACAAAGUAGCUUGUAUUUUCAGUAUUUUCUACAUAAUAUGGUAAAAUGUAGAGCAAUUACAAUGCAUCAAAUAAAAUGGGUUAAUUUUCUGAUCCA